GUGUGCCAUUGUUCAUUGGUAAGUAAGGUGGUGAGUAAACAUGGUGAAGAAUAUUGGGUUCCUCUUUUUGUUGGUUUUGGGAUGGGUGAGGGGAGGACGAGCACAAUAUCUGACCAUCCAUAUUGACCAGUCAGGGUCGUCCGACUUCAAAACCAUCCAAUCAGCCAUUGAUUCAGUCCCCUCCAACAAUUCUCAAUGGGUUUGCAUUUCCAUCAAGCCUGGCAUCUACAUGGAACAGGUAACAAUUUCGUAUCACAAGCAAUAUAUUUAUCUCAAAGGAGAAGGUAAUGAAAAAGCCAGCAUUGUUUGGGGGAACAGUGGUUCUUUCAGCUCAAGCCCAACUUUUGCAUGCUUUGCGGACAAUAUCAAAGUUGAAAACCUUAAUUUUGUGAAUUCUUACAAUUAUCCUCCAAUGCUGAAGUCAAGUCAUCCCACAAUACCGGCGGUGGCAGCUAAGGUUAUCGGAGACAGAAUGGCGUUUUACGAUUGUGGUUUUUACGGCGUGCAAGACACGUUGUUGGAUGCCAUGGGCAGACAUUAUUUCAAGCGUUGCAUCAUUGAAGGGGCCGUAGACUUCAUCUUUGGUGCCGGUCAGUCUAUUUUUGAGGAGUGUACAAUAGUGGUGAAUGUUGGGGAAUCGUUACGAGAAGGCAGUACAGGAUUCAUAACAGCACAAGGAAGGUCAGGUGCAAAUGAUAGCAAUGCAUUUGUUUUCAAGAACUGCAAUGUGACUGGAAGUGGCAAGGCAAUCUUGGGAAGGCCAUGGAGACCUUAUGCUAGGGUCAUCUUUUUUAACUCUUCCCUCUCCGACGUCGUUGUUCCUUAUGGUUGGGAUUCUUGGUUUUAUGCGAAUCAAGUGGAUCAAUUAACAUUUGCUGAAAUAAACUGCUAUGGCCCGGGGUCUAACACCUCAAAGAGAGUUGCAUGGGAGGCACAAUUGAGCCAAGAAAUGACGGACUACUUUGUCAACAUCACCAACUUCAUUGACGUUGAUCAGUGGAUUAGCAAGCAACCUCUUUAAUUAUAAUGGUUUAGUAAUAAGCCAAGUACGUAUUUGGUAUUUAAUUUGUUUUACUUUUUACUCUUUUGUGCUAAUGGUCCAAUCGAGUAAAAGUUUA